CUAAUCAAUUUUGGAAACGUGAGUGUAUUUUAUUUUUUUUAAAAUUUGAAACAUCCAAAAUCGCAUAUUUUACCGCCCUGCUCGCUGCUUUCCUUUCCUCUCUCCUGCGAUCAAAAUUCAUCACUGCGGUUAAAGCUCGUAGCCUUCACCAAGAAGAAACCUGAAGAUGAGCAGAUUUCUGCAGCUGACAUGGACGCGGCUCUGUAAUCUCAUUCUGGCAAUAAACAAAAACGCAACCAUUCCUAGGCGUGUUGAGAAUUCUUUGCGGGAUAGAGCGAAAGCAGUGGCCAACCGAGUGUCGAUAACAAGGGAUGGGGAUGGAGGAGGGUGCAUGAAGGCAUGCUGUCCUGUCUGUUUAACACCUAUCUCCAUGGACAAAACCCUAGAAGCUUCUGAUCUAAGAAUGUCACUGGCUAUACACUUGAGUUUAUAUCAUCCAGAUGAUAUAAACUUGAUGUGGGAGAUAAUGAUGGUGCAGAACAAAGGGAAAUCCUAUGUGCACGUGCCUUCGUUCCUCCUCGGAGUUGGAAUGAGUGCCGGGAUCGGUGCCCUCACUCUCUUGGCUAAAACUUGGACCAGGCCAACUGCUAACAAAAGGUAAAAAGGCGUCAACGAGCAAGCGAGUUCAUUGAGAGUGUUAGAAAAAGCUUCCUUGACUGGGUGAAUAGGCACAUGUUUUACAUUGUUGUUAAAUUAUGUAUGUUCUUCAAACACUGGUCUGGUGCCUUUUUUAAUAAACUUAUGUCAUGUUU